GAACUAUCGACUGCGGUGUUUGAGUCUCUAAGAUCGGUGGUGACGGGCGUCGCCGUCGCCAGACGUGAAUUGGAUACCAAUAUCGAUUUGAUCCAGCGAGAGACAGAGGAGGACGAGCUCAGGAUUUUGAUCGGCGGUUCCGUGUGUGUAGCGUACUGGUGGGCCCCUUUCCCUUUUGCUGACAUCGAAGUGGCUGUCACGGCCGCGAUAGACAAGCUCAAGCAGAUUCGGAGCCUGGAGCAAGCCCGCGAUGCCUUUAACCGUGAACUCCUCGAGCACAAGGCCAGAGCCUUCAAGGCGCCGUACGUCGGUGACGCUGACACCGAGUUCCGCUCGUACCUCGCGCGCUGCUGCUCCGCGUAUUGCCAUGUGAAGGGCGACUAUAGAGCCCCAUGUCUUGCAGUCACGCAGAGCUCGGGCUUCGGCAAGAGCCGCAUCCUGCAGCGACUGGCGGAGACCACCGCGGCGGGCGAGCUCCUGGUCCACGGCAACGACCGGUUUGCUGUGACGGUCUUGUACAGCAAUCCGUCACAGUCCGUAGCUGAGGCUGACGCUGUCGUGCCCGUAUUGGCUGUGGCAAUCGAUGAGGCGCGAGCCUUGUUCGAUAUUACGAACAGGGGUGUCAACGCGCUUCAGUUGCUUCGCAAGGCGUUGGGCUUUUGUAACACGACGGAGACGACCUCGAGCUACAGUGAUUCAACGCUUCACGGUGCGGCAUCGCUGUUCUGUCGUGUCGGACUGCGUCCACGCGUGAGUGAUCCGGUGGCGACGCGGCUGGUUGCCGACUUCAUGAGCGUGCUGCACUACGUGACGCACAAGAACGACGCCCUCAUCACCAGCUACAGCUCGGACCCGAUCCUGACGUUUGGUGCGUCGUACAUGUGGUACCAACUGUCACCACCAGCGUUGGAGUCGCACAUUCUCCCGCAGUUCCAAGCCAUGUUGGCCAAGGGCGUGGUCGACACGGCGAAUAUCCGGGAUAUCGUGGCUCGAAUCUUUCUUCUGCUGGCAAUGGACGCGACGAUUAUGGGCCACGAACAAGGAAGGGAUUUAAGUGUUUCCGGUCAGUUUUGCGAAGUUUCGAGCUUCGUGACGAUGCUCGUGGGCGAGAACCCAGCGGUGCGCGUGAACGAGUCGACCCCACCUUUCGACGACAACGUCCGGUACGCCAACUUGCUGAGGCAGUGGAAGAACUGGCGAGUGGGUUUCAGCCACUUUGUGGAGAUGUCGGAGACACCGACUGAGGAUGUAUUGUGGAAAAUGCUGGAUCGCCGUGCGGCGGGCAUCUCGCCUCGAGACGCGGGAGGUGCCGUCCUUACCAUCCCGAUAUUC